AUGGAAGCUCUUCCCGAUGAAUUACUCUUACUCAUAUUUCGGCAUCUACACAAGUUUGAUAUACUCUAUUCAUUUAACAGUCUCAAUCAACGUUUUCAACAAAUAAUCGAACCUUAUCUAUUCGACAUAGAUUUAACUCAAGAAAACAGUUUUUCCUAUAAAGACAUCCAUUUGUUUCUCCAACACAUUCUUCCCCUACAAGGUAGAGCAGUACGAUCUCUCAAACUCGAUGGACAACAAUUUCGAUUAUUUUAUAUUCGUGUCUGUCAUUUAAUUAACCUACAAUCUCUUACGUUAAAGUUACAUAGAUUUGACGUGCAGUACAGUCGUCAACUAAAUUAUUUUCUCACUCGAGCUUUAUCAACAGUACCAUCGUUAACUGAACUUUUACUUUUUGAAAGUGGAACUGAAACAUUGAAGACUAUUUCAUCCUUUGCAUCAUACAACUUGACUAAGCUAACUUUACUAUGUUCAUGUGGUGAUCCAAAUCUUGAUGAUGUUUCACAAAUGCCCUAUCUCAAACAUCUGUCAAUGAAUCUAGAUUCCAAAUUAUUAAUAAAAUUAUUCAAGAUUAUGACAAAUCUACAAGAACUAAAUUUAGCAGUGUUACAUUUUAAUGAUAUAGAAAAUUUCUAUUUAUUGCAAGUACCAAAAACAUUAGAAAAACUACAGUUGGAAAUUGGACUUUAUGGUAAUUGUCAAUCAAAUUUACAAACGAUAAAGAAGUUUUUAGAUGUGUUCAAGAAUGAACUUAGCUCAUUGAUAUUGAUUAUUAUUAAUGCCGAAAGAGACUUCUGUAAUUAUAGUGACUUUCAAAGUUUAGUAAGCAACUAUACUCGUCUUGAAGCAUUUCAAUAUUAUAUUCGUACUAAUUGUCGACCCGAUGAUUCCCGAUUUCUAAACGUUGAACAAUUACCAGAUUCAAGAUAUUGUUUUUAUACUCUACCACUACCUAAACUCUUCGACACUAUAUCUAGCCUAACAACACUAGACUGUCAUCUAGAUUCAAAUUUUACUCUACAAAAGUUAUCUAUUUGCACUACACUCUAUAUUUCUAGCAGCCAUAAUUAUCAAAUUCCACUAAUUACAUCUGAACUGAAAGACGAUCUUAAACUUGUAAAUCGGAAGAAAAUUCAAUUUUUUUUUUGA